AUGAAGUUGUUGAUUGGUUUAAGCUACCCUUCCACACAGGCUGCUGGCCACAAUCAAAGAGCCGAGGGUGCACGAAGCGGCCGAAAUACCGACGAACUUGUCACCGACUUCAUUGCGCAGCUCGUUGAGCAUCUUAUGUACACCUUGCGCGAGAAGCUCGGCAGCGGUCUUGUCAAGAGCACUUCUUUGGAAUUUGUCAUCAUGGUACCGGCUAUUUGGAGCGACUUAGCAAAGGAAAAGACUAAGAAGGCAUGCGAACAAGCUAUGAUUUCCGCGUCCGAGCACCACGUCCAUUUGGUUUCCGAACCCGAAGCAGCUGCUAUUUAUGCCCUUCAUGACUUGGACCUGAACGCGCUUCACCCCGGAGACACCAUCGUUGUGGUCGAUACAGGCGGCGUACAUAAAGUCCCCUACUGCUUUGAGGUAGUUGUGAUCAACUUCUUUGCAUACCAUCAUUAA